UUAAGCUCUCACCGUCACGUUACAUCUAUCCCCACCGCUGAGACCGCCGCGAAAGGCCGUCUCCUCCGCUACCUCCAUAACCAAAUCUACCCUCAUCGAGGAGUAAGAUCCAAGCGUAAGAUCAACUGAACAGGAAGAAGAAGAAGAAGCAGAAGACAAUGGAUUAUCUCGGAAUCGACAUGAGCUGCGCGAUCGGAUCUCUCCGAAACGGUGAGUUCCCGGAGAAAGAUUGUCUUCUUCCUCUAAUUUCAAAGCUUCUCGGUUACUGCCUCGUCGCUGCUUCAAUCACCGUCAAGCUCCCUCAGAUUAUGAAAAUUGUGCAACAUAAAAGUGUACGAGGCUUAAGUAUUAUGGCAUUUGAGCUUGAAGUUGUUGGAUAUACAAUUUCACUUGCUUAUUGUUUGCAUAAAGGCCUUCCCUUUUCGGCUUUCGGCGAAAUGGCUUUUCUUUUGAUCCAAGCUUUGAUCUUGGUUGCUUGUAUUUAUUAUUAUUCUCAACCAGUUCCUGUAACAACUUGGCUCAGGCCACUACUAUAUUGUGCUGUCGCACCAACCGUGCUUGCUGGACAGAUUAAUCCUACGCUCUUUGAAGCUCUUUAUGCUUCACAGCAUGCAAUAUUUCUCUUUGCAAGACUCCCUCAGAUAUGGAAGAACUUCAAUAACAAAAGCACCGGAGAACUUAGUUUCUUAACUUUCUUCAUGAACUUUGCCGGGUCCAUAGUGAGAGUUUUCACCAGCCUCCAGGAAAAGGCCCCCCUUAGCAUUCUUACGGGUUUUGCUCUUGGAGUCAUCACCAAUGGAAGUAUCCUGACUCAGAUUCUCUUGUAUUCAAAGCCUGCUGCAGCAAAGGAGAAGAAAGCCAAUUGAUAGGGUAGAAAGAUGUCCUUAAUCAAAUACUGUUGUUGAGACCCCCAAAAGAGACUAGUCAAUAUUGCAAUUACGGUCUUUUUUUCUUUUAAUACCUGUAUGCAAGGAUGUUCAAACUUAACCCAGCUACUGCAUUAUGUUAUAGGUUGACUGAUAGAUUCUUUCUUUUGUGUUGUGCUAAUAGCCAAAAUCUGAAACUACACAAGUUACAUUGA